GUUCAAGAUGAAAAGCUUUCCUGCCAGUCAACACGUAUCCUACAGAGAAUUUUAUUUUAUUUGAAGUUUAUAAAUAGAUGAAACUACGAAGCACAAGCAGUACAAAAUUAAUGGUCCCUUGCAAAGUCCAAUUUUGUAACUUGGGAUUGUAGAGAAUGGAACAGUUGCAAUUGUGGAAGGUGCUAAUUUGUGCAUUAGCAGUGGCUAUGGUGGUAGCUGCCGCACCUGAUCAAACCCUCCCCGGCUGCAAUUCCACGUGCGAAGGUGGAAACGUCGAAAUUCCCUAUCCAUUCGGCAUAGGCUACUCUUCUACACAACAUGGACAACCUUGUUUCUUGGAACCCAAAUUCAACCUCUCUUGCAACAACUCCAACUUAAUUUACGGCUCCAACGUCACAGCUUUGAGCAUAAACGUCACAGCGCAUCAAAUGGAAGUGUCGUUUUGGGUGGCGCGGUCCUGCAACGAGACGAACGACACCAGCCCGUGGAUGAAAACAGCGAAUUUCAGCGUUUCAAGGACCGAAAACAAGUUAAGAACUGUUGGCUGCAACAGCUUCGGCUUGCUCGCUGGCGUCUACGACAACAGCACAUAUGCGACGGGGUGCGUAACGCAGUGUUACGGCAAAGAAUUGAAGAUCGACGACGGAACGUGUUCGGGUGUAGGGUGUUGCCAGGUGGAUAUUCCUCCUCGAAUGAGGGAUAUCCGCAUAGCAGCAGCUACCUUAUCUUCCGACAAUUUAACGAGGGACUGGGGAAGGUGUAGUUAUUCGUUUGUUGCCAAACACGACUCGUAUAAAUUUUCUACCGCUGACUUGAAAAGUUUCCCAAACAAGACGCUCCCCUUGGUUCUUGAUUGGACCGUAGGAGACAAAAAUUGUAGCGGUUUUGAGAGCAACAGAGGAGAGUACGCGUGCAAGGAGAAUAGCCAUUGCAACGACACAGACACUGACUUUGGUUACCGAUGCACAUGUGAUCAUGGCUAUCAAGGAAACCCAUAUCUUGGCUGCACAGACAUUGAUGAAUGUAAGACAGGCAAACAUUCAUGCAUAAGUGAACAACAUUGUCACAACACCGAUGGAUCCCACAUAUGCUUAUGUUUAAAGGGGCAAUCCGGAAAUGGAACAAAGGGAUCAGAAGGGUGCCACGAAAAAGAUGUAGUAACUAAGGUUGUCAUAGGAGUAGCAGCAACAAUUGUUAUUCUAUUUGUGGUGAUUACUUCAUUGUACUUGAUAUAUCAAAAAAGGAAACUCAUCAAACUUAGAGAGAAAUACUUUAAACAAAAUGGUGGUUCCAUUUUGUUACAACAACUCUCUACAAGAGAAAAUUCCCCCCAAAUGACUCAAAUCUUCACAGAAGAACAACUAAAGAAAGCAACAAACAACUUUGACAAUAGCUUAAUCAUUGGCAGUGGAGGUUUUGGAACAGUUUAUAAAGGAUUGUUGGAAAAUAACAUAACUGUGGCUAUCAAGAAGUCCAAAAUUGUUGAUGAGAGCCAAAAGGAACAAUUCAUUAACGAGGUGGUUGUUUUAUCCCAAAUCAAUCAUAGGAAUGUUGUCAAGCUUUUAGGAUGUUGUUUGGAGAGAGAGGUUCCUUUACUGGUAUAUGAAUUUGUUGAAAGUGGUACCCUUUUCGAUUUUCUACACACUGAAAGAAAGAUAAAUAAUGAAACUUGGAAAAUGCGACUAAGGAUAGCUGCAGAGGCAGCUGGAGCUUUAUCAUAUCUUCACUCUGCAGCCUCAAUACCCAUUAUCCACAGAGAUGUCAAAACUUCUAACAUCCUAUUGGAUAAAACUUACACUGCCAAAGUGUCUGAUUUUGGAGCUUCAAGGUUGGUUCCAGUUGAUCAAACUGAAAUAGCCACAAUGGUGCAAGGUACUUUCGGUUACUUGGACCCAGAGUACUUGCGUACAAGCCAACUAACUGAGAAAAGUGAUGUUUAUAGUUUUGGGGUAGUGCUUGUAGAGCUAUUAACAGGGGAGAAACCUCAUUCUUUUGGCAGGCCAGAAGAAAAAAGAAGUCUUUCUAACCACUUUUUGUCUUGUUUGAAAGAGGAUCGUUUAUUUGAUGUUCUUCAAGUUGGCAUUAUGAAUGAAGAAAAUCAAAAAGAGAUCAUAGAGGUUGCUAUUCUUGCCGCAAGCUGCUUGAGACUCAAUGGGGAGGAAAGGCCUAGCAUGAAGGAAGUCGCAACAGAGUUGGACGCAAUAAGGCAAAUGGAAAAACACCCAUGGAUCAAUAGAGACCAAAAUUUGGAGGAGACCCAAUGUUUGCUUCAUGAGGCACCAUCUAGCAUUUAUGAACAUGGUGAUAGCAAUAGUCAUCAGUAUACUGAUAGCAUUAGGGAUCAUGUAUUAAUAGCCUUGGAUAAUGGAAGAUGAUUAUGGUAUGGCAGGAUAAACUUCAUUUUAUUUUUUUGUCAAAGUAUUUGCUAUUGAGUAUGACCUUGUGUAAUGUUUAUUAAAUCAUUUUUGUUGUUCACAUAUGUACAUACAUAUAUGCAUGUAUAUAUGUAUAUUCAUGUAUGUAUGUACAUGAUUAUGCAUGUGGGUAUUUAUGUUAUGUAAGUUGGUUAGGAAAAUGUAGCCUUAAUUACCAUUCAAAAAGCACUUAUAAUGCAAAAAUAAAUGCCCAAAAGAUUAUGUUAGAAUUUGUGAUUUU